AUGUCUUUCACGAGUCUGCCUCCAGAGAUCUUGUCUCAUAUUUGUGAAGAUCUGGAACCUCAGGAGUGGGGUGCACUCAGAAUCACUUGCCACCAAAUACAUAGCAGUACACUGGAAGCCUAUGCAACGCGCUACUUCAAGGUUUUGCCACUUCUUCUCACCCGUGAAGGCCUUGACGAUCUGGAGGAUGUUGCAGCAAGUGAAACCUUACGAGGCUGGGUUCGAGAAAUUCGGAUCAUCCCAAACCUGUUCGAGGGGUGGCCAGAAUAUGAUAAGGAACGUUUCAAAGAGCCAGGAUUGUCGCAUCGGAAAAUGCAGAGGAUGUUCCGAAAAAUACGCGGUGAAAAGGAAGAAUCAACAUCGAACAAUGAUGAGGCUGAGCUUGACGCUCUAUUUGCCUCUUAUCAAGCUGCACUAGAAGGACAUCGUGCUAUUCUUGACUCGGAACUUGCUGUGGUUCUUGAAAAAUGCCUGCCGCGCCUCAAAAACGUCACCACAGUCUGCUUAUGGUGUUACCCGUUUGAAUUCCUCAUAAAAGCUAACCCUCGAUCAUUUCGCUGCCUUGGCUUGCGUGAAAUAAAGAACCGUUUCAACAUCGAUGAGAUGAGUGGUAAUAUAGACUUCUUGGGCUUCAAGCAGAAUAUGUUAUCCAUGCCUCUGGGCUUAGCAUUUUCACAAGUGGUCCAGGCUAUAAUCAAAUCUAGCCACAAGGUCCGCGCCCUCCACACGUGCGGCAAUAUAGAAUGUGGCAUGAAGUUGGGGUCUAUAAAACUGUCAGAGUCGCAGUAUCAAUCACUGCUACCGCUCUUGACCGACCUGACUACUCUACAUAUGUGCAUUCGCAUUAACGAUAACGAGAACGACAUAUUUGAUGAGAGCGCCUUCAAACAUCUUCUCAGUAUGCUGGUCACAGUCGCACCCAAGUUGAAGGUUCUGACCUUCGCUCAAUGGAGUCCCUUGGAAGAAUUGUCUCCUCUCUAUUUUCAGGAUCUCUCCCAGAACAUCCAGUUUUCCCAGCUAGAAGAACUUCAUCUUCAUUCCGUCGAGCUGACUGUGGAAAAUCUCAAGCGCUUUCUUCGGACAGCAGCGCCAACCUUGAGGCGGCUGAGUAUGAAGAACGUCAGCCUGACAGAUGCGAUAAUCGGAGCACGAGAUCCAGGCCCCCUCACAGAAGAGAGGAGUAGUUGGGGUUCUUCGCUGUCUCUCGAAGUCAUCGACAAGAUCCAGGAACUCUGGAAACAAAGCUUCGAGUUUUUGGCAGAUAGCCCCAAGUUGCAGUUUGUCCAAUUGUCCAGUAUUGGUUACCGUGGAAGAGAGAUCAUUUUGCAUGAUGACCUGUAUCUGGAACGCGGGCAGCCGGAUGCGCAGCCGGUUUCAAAUGCGAAGCAUCCGGUCAUCCGGUCAGAGAUCUAUUCCGAUCCUACCAGGGGUCGUUCAUUGAACAUAGCUUUCAGUUUCAAUGCUAAAACGGCGAAUAUAUCACUCAAAGGAUGGAUCAUGCAGCUACGGAUGGAGAUGUGCAAUCCAGCAGGCCGUAUAGUUACCAGACUUCCGGGGACUAGCGGUUUGAGCUUCAACCAAGAAGGUGUUAGGUCCGAGUCCUCUACUACGCUCCCACCGCCGGGACCGGGAGACCCCAGACUGAUGACUUUCGUUCAUAUGCGACAAUAG